AUGGACAACUACAUCCUGACCCUCUCGUGCCCCGACCGUCCCGGCAUCGUGCACUCGGUGACGGGCUUCCUGACCCAGCAUGACCUCAACAUCGUCGACUCGUCGCAAUUCGGCGAUCCCACCUCGAAACGAUUCUUCCUGCGCAUCCACUUUGCCCCUGCCUCCAAGGGCAAAGAGAGGAACAGCCUGGACCAAUUGAAGCAGGCCUUCGAACCUGUCGCCCAGGAGCACAACAUGGACUUCCAGCUCUGUCCGGUCUCGCAGAAACCCCGCGUGUUGAUCAUGGUGUCCAAGAUCGGCCACUGCCUCAACGACCUCCUCUUCCGACAGUCCACGGGACAAUUGAGCAUCCACGUGCCGGUGAUCGUCUCGAACCAUCCCGACUACGCGCCGCUGGCGGCGACCUACAAUGUGCCCUUUGUGCAUCUGCCCGUUACGCCCGAGACGAAGCGCGAGCAGGAGGAGCGGGUGUUGGAGCUGGUGCAGGAACACAAUGUGGACUUGGUCGUGCUGGCAAGAUACAUGCAGGUGCUGUCGCCACGGUUGUGUGAGGUGAUGUCUGGAAAGAUCAUCAACAUUCACCACAGCUUCUUGCCGUCGUUCAAGGGCGCGAAACCGUAUCAUCAGGCUUUCGACCGCGGUGUGAAGAUUGUCGGAGCGACGGCUCAUUUUGUUACGAGUGAUCUGGACGAGGGGCCGAUCAUCGAACAGGACGUCGUGCGCGUGAACCACGCGAUGAGUCCCAAGGAGUUGACGCAUGCGGGCAGUACGGUUGAGAGCAAUGUAUUGGCGCGGGCUGUCAAGACUGUGACGGAGCGCAGAGUUUUGCUCAAUGGACAUAAAACGGUUGUCUUCAAUUAG